UUCGUGCCGCAGUCGACGCGCGCAUGCGUUAUGCGUUUGACGUGUGUUGUGUGACAGUUCGCGAUCAGUCGCCCGCUUGACGUUUCGUAACAUUUGUGUAACAGAUUUUCAGUGAAUUUCUCCAUUAUUUUGAACUGAAACAACACAAAAAUGGAGAGGAACGAGCGGAAAUCAACCGUGCGUGGUCAUACAAUAACUUUUGAUCGCGAUUCGAAAAUUAUUUUGCGAAAAGUGCUGAUGGAUUUCGCGAUCCUUUUCAUAGUUGGCUUCUUAAUCCUAGCGUACUUCCUAUGGGGCACGCCAUACAAGCGCGGGUUCUUCUGCGACGACGAGUCACUCAAGCAUCCCUACAAGGACUCCACUGUGACCAAUUUGAUGCUGUACAUCAUUGGUAUCGGUCUGCCUGUGUUUACAAUGUGCCUCACGGAGUGGAUCAGACUGCGCGACUACAAGGGCGGGCGGUCAAGAGGGAUCCUCGGGUACGAGGUACCCGCGUGGGUGUGGGAGGUGUACCGCGUGGUGGGAGUGUUUCUCUUCGGCUGCGCGUGCCAGCAGUUGACCACCGACGUCGCCAAGUACACCAUAGGGAGGCUGAGACCGCAUUUCUUCGAUGUAUGUAAGCCAGAUAUAGACUGCACACUGGCGGACAACAAAUGGCGAUACAUCGAACAUUUCAAAUGCCUCGGCACUGAGAGCAAGCUGAUGAAGGAGAUGCGACUCUCCUUCCCAAGUGGACACUCCUCCUUCUCCGCUUACACCAUGUUUUAUUUUGCGUUCUAUCUACAGAAACGGUUCACGUGGCGCGGCUCGAAGCUAUUGCGUCACGGUAUCCAGUUCCUGCUGAUCAUGAUGGCCUGGUACACGGUGAUGACUCGGGUGUCCGAUUAUAAGCAUCAUUGGAGCGACGUGAUGGCUGGGUUCAGUAUUGGGCUGCUUUAUGCUAUUAUCAUUUUCACAUUCGUGUCCGGACUCCGCAAAACACCACGACGGCAGUCUGCCAACCACCACGACAGCGAGUUGACCACCAACGGCAACACCCGGUCGGCCAACCCUGCCGCUUGGCCUGUCUGACACUCUCCCGACUCGCACAGCUCUCUGAGCGAGGAGGAGCCAUGACCCCCGAACGUGUCAUGGAUCUCCCAUGAGUAUAUGGACUUGUGAAUGCGCACGCAGUUUACAGUUUAUGUGUAAGAGAAGCUGUGCGUUUGGUGGAUCUCUUAUGACUCGGACUUGAUAAGUAAGCAGUUUUCAGUUUAUUUAUAAGGGCCCCCUAACGUAUCGUGGUUCUACCAAGAGUAUAUGGACUUGUGAAUGUAUAAACAGUUUCCUCUUUAUAUUUAAAGAUAUGAUAACAGAACUGUACCUUGUUUUUGUAUGGUAUCGAACCGACUUCUCGUAAAACCACUUCAGACGACGGUAUAAAAAUUAAAUAAGUACAUUGCGAUAUUAUCAAUGUUUUAUUAUUUCAUGUAUAUCAGGUUCCGCAAAGUACUCCCUGCUACAAGAUCCUGGUAGUUAGAGAACUUGGUUGAUGAUACCAUGAAGAAAAAGUGGUAAAAGUUAUUGUGCAACUUUAAGUAAGCCUAAGUUAGGCUUAUCCUAACUAUGAAAUAAUUACCUUGGAAAUUCAAACUCAUAAGCAUACAGGAGUAUAUAUACAGGGUGUCCAGUUAUUACGGGACAUCCUCUUUAUAGGAAAAUUUUUCUCGAGAACUAUGGAAUAAAAAGGUUGUCUAUGAUACCCUAGAAUAAAAAUCUGUAUUUAUAUGAUAUUGGGGCUGGUGCAUUUUCAAUUAGGUAUUAGGUAUAUUAAACAAUAACAAUAUAUGUUUUUAAUUAAAGUUAAUAAAUGAAAUAGAAUAUAGAUGAUUUCAUUUAUCAAUUUUAAUUGAAAACACAAUUUAUAAAUAGAUAUUUAAUAAAUAAGUAAGUUGUUUCUGCUAGAACAUAACUUAUUCAAUGUCAAUUAAUUAAGAUAUUUGUAAUUAGUAAUUUGCUUGAAACAUAGAGCAAUAAAAGAUCAUGGAUAUGGUGUAAAUUGAAAGUAUUUACUGUAGUCAAUUGUUGUAUAUAUCAGAAUGUAAAUUAAAAAAAAAUUAAAUUAUACUAAAAAAUUACAUCUAAAAGAUAUAUUAUAAAUUAAUUAAAAUAUAUGAAAUAUGAACACAUUGGUGCAAAAUAAUAAAUGUAGAAAUCUCCCAUAAUCAUUGCAUAUAUCAGCAUCGUUUUGUAUCUUAUAAUAUGCGUAGGUACGCAAAUAGUGUACAUGAAUGAAUUAGUUUUCCGUUUUAGGCAAAAUACGAAACUAUGCAGAUAUAUGUGAUUCAAGUUUAAUAUUUGACUGUAUGUACAUAAUAAAACUGUUACCGCAGAAUUAUAAAUAUUUAAGUAAAAAUUAGGAGGCUAGAACUAAAUUUUAGUCUGUAUGUGUGUUACAAAGCUAUUUAAAUGACACACAAAUUAUUUAUCUCUAAUUUUUUCUCUAUAUUUCUACCCACGUUUUGAAUAUUUUUUUACAUAAACUUUUGCAGAGAGCAAAAUAAUAAUGUAAAAAGCCCUUUACACUCUCCAACUUUCUUUCUAAUAGUCGUUCAAUCGAUCUGCGUGGCCGACAACGCAAUUCCACAGAUUAUCGUUCAAAAAGUCUCUGCAAAAGUUUAUGAAAAAUAAUAGUGUAAAAAGCCCUUUACACUGUCCAACUUUCUUUCUAAUAGUUGUUCAAUCGAUCUGCGUGGCUGAUAACGCGUUUCCAUAAAUUAUAGUUCAAGAAGUCUCUGCAAAAGUUAAAAAAUAAUAGUGUAAAAAGCCCUUUACACUGUCCGACUUUCUUUCUAAUAGUUGUUCAAUCGCUCUGCGUGGCCGAUAACGCGUUUCCAAAGAUUAUUGUUCAAGAAGUCUCUGCAAAAGUUAAAAAAAUAAUAGUGUAAAAAGCCCUUUACAUUCUCCAACUUUCUUUCUAAUAGUUGUUGAAUUGAUCUGCGUGGCUGAUAACGCGUUUCCACAGAUUAUUGUUCCAGAAGUCUCUACAAAGUGUAAAAAGCCCUUUACACUGUCCAACUUUCUUUCUAAUAGUUGUUUAGUCGAUCUGCGUGGCCGAUAACGCGUUUCCACAGAUUAUUGUUCGAACACGAGUCUUCCAUGCUGAUGCACUUUUCAUAUUAAGUCAAUUUGUCGGCUUGUCACGUCUAAAUUGCUUGUAUGACAACUUUAUGAGGCACCCUUAGUACGUAUUUGAGAAUGCCCGCAACCGUACAGGCGUUAUCGAGUAUCGAUUUAGUAUAAUGUGGACCUUAAUAGCCUUGUUAUAGAGUCGUAUAUCUGUCGUACUUAUAUACAUCGACUUCCUUACAGUGAAAUGCAAGCUGUAAUAAUACAACUAAACUUGAAUCUUAGUUUAAGUGCAAUAAGGUCUAUUUUAUGCAAACGUUGCAGUGACUCGAAUCGAUUGUAAGUGCGAAUAUCUAACUUAUUCUUGCAGGUACCAAUGUAAUAGAUUUUUUUUUGUAUACACGCAAUUUUAAGUCUUAUAUAAUAGAAGUUAUAGCAUAUUAUUCUAAGUUUGCAACAUGAAUUUCAAUGUCCAUUUUGCUAAUGCAGUGAAGUAAGUACCUAGUUAAGCCAUUUAUACACACGAGAUGCAUUUUUAUUAAUCUUCCAUAAAUCACAGUAGACCUUCACACAUUUUCAACACCAAUAAUUAUUAUUAAUAAAAUAUAGCCCUUAUGUUAUUUAAAUAGAGUUGUAAUUUGGAUGCAACAUAAAUAACAAACGAUGAUAUAAUAUGUCGCAUUACUAUUUACGACUUUAUGUGCCUGGAAUAAAGUUGAUAUUUACUUGGGUUUACUUACGGGAAGUUUUACCAAAUUAUAGCGCGACUAGUGUGCUCCAUAGAUAUCUAAAUAACAAGGCAAUAGAAAUGGCGGGUACGUGUGUGCCGUCGUACAAAAUAAAUGUUCGUCUUUCAAUUAGCAAUUAUUCUGUUCUAGACACACAGACAAAGAUUACCACAAAGAGUUAUAACUCUACCAGAAUUGUACAUACUACGUCUAUAAUGGAGAAAAUUAGAAAAGCUUUCUCAAAAGUAGACAACAGAUUGGUUCGAAACAAACAAAAAAUAAAUUAACGCUGACUCAAGUCGAUAUCUUGAUUCAAGUCGAUUGAUUGAUCGACUUUGAAUGUCCAAAGGAUUUUAAUCAUUCGUUCGUAAAACUCAAUUUUCAAAGUUCACUUUUUUAAGUUUGUGGAAAAUUUAUUAGAUCUUAAACGAGGCGUUAUCGUCGUUAUCCAGCUAUAUUUUUUGUCUAUAAACUCGCUUAAACCACAUAGGUGCAGCAUGGUAUACAUCUAUGGCUGCUUGUAAGUUACACAGAAAAUGUUACGCUUUAUGGCUUAUACAUAUAUACGUACAGAUAGUAUAAUGAAAUGCUCAUUCGCUAAAAAAAUUUAAUUACCUUUUAUGGUUCAGGAGAUACAGCAAAAACUAAAAAUCAGAAAGCUUAAAAAAUAUUUUAUUUUAAUUUAUUUAUUUAUUAUUUAUAUAUUAAAUUUAAUCACACUUAAGCUUAUAUCUAAGUAGCGUACACAUACAUACACAACUAAAAUAAGUUAUUUAAAAAAAAUCUAUUGAGUUUCCUUCCUACUAAAUACUCUUCUGAGAUUUGGCAUCUAUGUUCUACGCUAUUGUCCUUGACACUACUGUACAAAUAUUUUAAAAAAAUCUAAGUCCUGUCUACUUAUUGUUUAUUCUAGCUUACAGUACGUUUAUUUAUUAAAAAUAUUUAUUUGAUUAUUAAAAUAUUCAGUUUUAGUAGAUAGUACAAUUAAUUACUUUAAGUGUUUUUUUAUUAUUAUUAUUAUUAUUUUAACAAGCAUUUUACCGUAACGAAUUUGAGUGCAUUUUUACUCAUUUUUUUUACAUAAAUAGAAAUAAAAGGCACUUUUAUUUAUUAUUAGAUUAGAUAUAGAUGAAAUACCCAGAGUCCAAGACCGGGUUGUAUUUUUAUUCUGUGAUAUAUGUAGAGGUGUAAAUAAAAAUAUUGCAGUUGUUUGUGUAACUUGAAUUAUUGACAGUUUAAAAUUUUAUUAUCGUGCAAGUUUUUUGUAAAUAAUAGGAAAUUUUCAAAAUUAUUAGCAAUUUAAAUGGUAAUGGGUAACUUUGCUUUGCAAUUAAAUUUUACCAGGGUAUCUAAGCUUUGUAUUCUGUUUAAAUAAUAAAAUUGGUAUUUAUUUUGUUGUAGUAUGUUGUAUUUUGUGGCUAUAACAUUUUUUUUUAAUUUCCCCAUGCGGGAAAGGCAAAGGUCUGUGACCUCAUUACACUUCAUAUACCUUUAAUCAUUUUUUUGAAUACUACGAAAUACUUGUGCUCUUAUUUUUAUUUAUAACAGUUUUUUACAAUUGAAGCAGUUCUUUGUUGCUAGUCUUUUGGUAUGUUUAAAAAACAUAAAACAUUGCAAAGCAACUUUACCGUGUUAAUUAGUAAAUUGCCUAUACUAUUUAAUGAUUAUUGUGGCUGGUUUUAUGAUAUUAAAAUUUUACGGAAUUCAAAUUUAAGAAUUGUCAUUAUAGACUUAUAGUGAUUUAGUUAGCACAGCGAAAAAUGUUUCGAAAUAUAAUUGACAGUUUUUUCAGGAAUUUAUGUUAAUAAUUAAAAGCUUUAAAAAAUAUUUCUCUUUGUUCUUUUGUAUAAAUUAUAGUAUAGUCAUUAGGUAUUAUACUAUAUUUUAAAACGUUUAGAAGUAGUAUGAAUAAUUGUUUCUCAGUACAUUUUAUGAAGUUAAAUGAUUUUUUUGUUUAUAUGUAUAGAACAUAAGCUAUUCUAUGUACAACUUAUACAAUGCACCUAAAUUAUUUUAAUGAGUAUUUUAAUAAGUAAUGUUGAUUUCAAUAUGCACUGCCUAGCACUAGUUUAUAUUUUGGCAGCUAUUUAAUUUUAAUGUUUGAAAAUGUACAUAGUUUUAUCUCUGAUGCAUAAUAAACACGUUCUAAGUUAA